AUGCUGGCCCUUGUGACCCUUCUCUCAAUUCCGGUCUGCCUUGUUGCGGUCGCUUGCUACAAUAUCUUUCUCCAUCCCCUCCGCAGAUUUCCCGGACCACCCCUUGCAAAAGUUUCCAAAUUAUGGAGUCGAAUUGGGAACCGGAGUGGUCGCAAAUCGGAGCGGAUUCAUCAGGCGCAUCUUCAGUAUGGACCGGUUGUGCGAAUUGGGCCAAAUGAACUGUCCUUUGCAGAUCCGGCAGCCGUGCGAGCUAUCUAUACGUCGGAUGCUUUUGUGAAAGAAGAGACUUUCUACAGGGCGAAAACCAUCUUCCAUGAGGACCACCUCUUUUCUACACGAGAUGCACGGGCACAUCGACAACGGCGAAAACUCUUUGCACGGGGAUACUCCCAGGCGGCCAUGCUGGAGUUCGAACCAAAUAUUUCGAAUAAGAUCGAUGCACUUCUGAAACAAUGGCAAGCUCGAUCUGCCGAUGGCCCAAUCGAUGUUUAUCCAUGGCUGAACUGGCUUGCUUUUGACGUGGUGUACCAUUUGAUGUUCGAUGUUGACCCAGGCCAAGUGGCAUCCGGCCAGAGCCAUGAAGUAAUGGCCUACAUUGCUGCUUGGAAACCGACGUAUAUAUAUAAAGAGUUCUUCCCACAACUAGAUCAUUGGGGAGUGUAUGUCCCCGGCUACGUGGGGAAUUAUUUCAGACGAGUCCGAGAGUGGAAGAAUUAUUCUGUCAGUUUGAUCAAGAGGAGCCGGGAAAAAGGCACGAAAACACCUUUCCUACGGGCUGCUUUAAAUGGAGAGGAAGAUGGGUUCCUCGGGAGACCUUUAACAAACUCUGAAUUGGCGGAGGAGUGUAUGGCUGGCAUGUUCGCAGGAAGCGGAACGACCGCCACUUCAUUUACUUUUCUUCUCUGGGCCUGCCUGCGGAGACCGGAUAUUGUGGCAAGACUCAAAGCUGAGCUGCGAGAGGCAUUUCCAGAUCCAUCUAUCAUUCCUGACUAUCGGACCUGUUCUUCUCUACCAUACCUCCAAGCUGUUAUCUCCGAGACCCUCCGCCGGUAUCCCGCGGCUAUUGCUCUACUGCCCCGAACCGCCGUCAGGGACACGGUGGUUGCUGGCGUAACGGUUCGAAAAGGCACUACAGUAGGAACCCAAAACUACACGACUCACUUUAACGAAGAGGCAUUCCCCAACCCUCAGGAGUUCCGACCGGAGCGCUGGUUCGAAAAAGAGGGUGAGGCACUACGGAAGGAAGCAUGGACGCCAUAUUCUAGUGGCUCGAGAAAGUGCAUAGGUAUCAACUUGGCACAAAUGGAGCUCAACAAGUUAGUUGCGGCCUUCUUCCGUCGGUUCGAAGGAACCAUUGAUGAUAGCAUUGAUGAGGAUGCAAUGCGAAUGUAUGAUACAUUCACAGCCUCACCAGCCGGAGGAAAGCUGUUGGUUCAUUUGAAUGAGUUGCUUUAG